AUGUCUAUCGGAGAAGAAGAGAAGCAAGGCAAUGCGUCAGAGCCCAUUGCUGUGGUUGGGAUGAGUUGUCGCUUCUCUGGAGAAGCCAACUCAGUUGAAGGAUUUUGGGAAAUGUUACGCCAUGGAAGAGUUGGCCAUGGACGGGUUCCCUCAAGUCGAUAUGAAGCAUCUGGCUGGCACCAUCCUAACCAUGAACGACAAGGCGCCAUCAAUCAUGACAGUGGUUUCUUUCUAGAAGAGGACCCGUCACGCUUUGAUGCGCCGUUCUUUUCUAUCACAGCCAAGGAAGCCGCGGGUAUGGACCCAGUACAGCGUCUUCUGUUGGAGAUAGCCUAUGAGGCGUUUGAGAAUGGAGGUGUGCCCAUGGAGGAUCUCGUAGGCAGUCGCACAGCUGUGUUUUCUGGAUGCAUGACCAACGAUUACGAACUACUAUCAACAAGUGAUAUUCAUGAUAUGCCGCAUAACUCUGCCACCGGAAAUGGCAGAACCAUGUUGGCCAACCGACUUUCGUGGUUCUUUGAUCUUCGCGGUCCAAGUGUGAUGCUGGACACGGCCUGUUCUUCUAGCUUGACUGCUGCCCAUCUCGCUUGCCAGGCGCUCCGGGCAGGAGAAUGUGACAAAGCUUUAAUCACAGGUGCAAGUCUGAUCUUGUCCCCGAACUUCACUCAGCGACUUUCAUAUAUGCAUAUGCUGAGUAAAGACGGUAUCAGUCAUUCGUUUGAUGCCAAGGCAAAUGGUUACGGACGAGGUGAGGGAGUAGGAGCUGUACUACUAAAGCCCCUCAGCGCGGCUAUCGCAGACAACGAUGUCAUUCGAGCUGUGAUUCGAGGAACUGGCACAAAUCAGGACGGGCGAACGCCUGGUAUUACCAUGCCCAGUCGGAAAUCGCAAGCAGAUCUUAUCAGAACGGUCUAUGGUCCCAAUCUAUCAUCAAUGCGAGAGACGACGUACUUCGAAGCUCAUGGGACCGGGACUGAAAUUGGGGACCCGACUGAGCUUUCGGCUAUAGGCGAUACAUUUGGAGCUUUACUGACCGAUACCGAUGAACCUCUCCUUGUUGGCUCCGUGAAGAGCAAUAUCGGACAUACUGAGGGAGCAGCAGGAGUGGCAAGUAUCAUCAAGGCAGUGCUCUGCUUGGAGAAUGGCAUGCUGGUGCCCAACGCAGGAUUUGAGAAGAUCAACCCACGAAUCCAUCUCGACAAAUGGCGCAUGCGACUUAGUGAUGCGGCUGUGCCGUGGCCCUCAAAUCGCCCCCAGCGUGCCAGUAUCAAUUCCUUUGGGUUCGGCGGCAGUAAUGCCCAUAUUGUUAUAGAGAGCCUUUCCACUCACUUGGGCCGUUCCUUAGCACCAGUCGCUAGAGAAGUCGAGCCCACUCCGCAUGUGGUUGUCUUUUCCACACAAGACAAGCCGGGUCUAGCACGACUGGCUCUAAAAUGGAUCUCGUUUUUGAAGGCAAAAAUAGCAACAGGUCAGGAUAUGUCUUUGAGGGACAUUUCUUAUUCCAUGAGCUCACGUCGCUCGUUACUGCCUUUCCGAAGUUUUGCCGUCGCUAGUUCUCUUCAAGGGCUGUGCGAUGCAUUAGAACAAGACCUUCCACUUUAUCCUCGUGCUAGUCGCACUGCCCCUGCAAAUUUGGCUUUUGUUUUCACUGGCCAGGGAGCCCAGUGGGCCCAAAUGGGAAUCCAACUGCUUCAAGUUCCGGUAUUCAAAGAAAGCAUGGCACGCAGUCAAAAGAUCUUGUCAAGCCUGAACUGCCCGUGGAAUCUGGUUGAUGAAUUGCAGGCCGACAAAGCAGCCUCUAACAUGAGCCAGCCUGACAGGAGUCAAUCGAUUUGCUGCGCUUUGCAGAUUGCGUUGGUUGAUCUUCUCGCCAGCUGGGGGGUUCACCCUAAAGCGACCAUAGGACAUUCCAGUGGUGAAAUUGGCGCGGCAUACGCAGCAAGAUUUAUCACGCAUAGUGAUGCUAUUCAAAUCGCAUACUUCCGAGGAGUCUAUUCACUUCAGCUUUCUCAGAGUGAGCGAAAGGGCGCCAUGAUGGCAGUUGGACUGGCGGCUUCGGAUGCUCAGAAAUAUCUCGAGACUGUUCCUCCUGAUAGCGCUGUUGUGGCAUGUGUUAAUAGCCCCACGAGUGUUACCCUGUCGGGUGAUGCGGAUAUUAUCGAACAACUAGAGAGCCAGCUCAAGGCAGAUGGUUCCUUUGCUCGAAGACUGCAGGUUCAUACGGCUUAUCAUUCUCCGCAUAUGCGUGUAUUAGCCGACCAGUACGCGAAAUCUUUGGAGGGUAUCUCUCCUACCAGUGACCCUAAGAGCAACGUGACUAUGUUCUCUUCUGUGACCAAGAAGCAGCUGCACGCGGAAGACAUAACACCGGAGUACUGGGUAAGCAACAUGGUUUCUCCUGUGGAGUUUUCCGCUGCAGUGUCCCAGCUAGCUCGAAUGACGGAGGCGGGAAAGACUCGACGCCGUGCGGUGGCAGUCAAAUGGAGUGCUUUCCUAGAGAUUGGUCCACACGAAGCACUGAAAGGACCAUUUAAUCAGACAUUGCAGUCUCUUGGUGCCGGCGGAACCCUCACUGCCUUGCCAUAUCAGUCCUUGGUGAAACGAGGCACAGACGCGCUGCAGACCUCUCUACAGGCCGCAGGCAUGCUCUGGAGCAUUGGUUCAACGAUUGAUAUGGAAGCAGUCAACUCCAGUCUCAACCUGAUGACGCCAAAACUUCAACGCAACCUGCCGUCGUAUCCCUGGAACCACCAAUCCUCUUUCUGGCACGAGCCACUGGCAUCAGCUCGGCUUCGUCAGCGCAAAGAGCCUCGUCAUGAUUUGCUGGGAGUUCCAUUCGAUUACCAGAACGAUAUAGAGCCACGGUGGCGCAACUUUUUGCGAGUGUCUGAGACCCCCUGGCUGUCUGAUCACGUUGUUGCUGGAUCCAUUGUCUUACCAGCUGCCGGGAUGAUCGCCAUGGUAGCCGAAGCGGCACGUCAACUGUCGGACCCGAAGAAGCUGAUGGAGGGAAUUGAGUUCAACGAUAUCGCAUUCAAGCAAGGUGUCGUGGUUCCUGACAAUGACCGCGGUCUAGAGACUGUUGUACAUGUAUCUCCCCAUCGAGGCGUUCCAGGAUGGUACCAAUUCGGUAUUUUUUCGCUACCAGACGGAGCGUCUUGGAUUGAACAUGCCACUGGAUCUUUUGUGAUGCACUAUGAUGACUUAGGUGUGCCUUUGGAUGGAAAAGAAUGGCAGCGUGUUGUCGAGCGCGUGCAAAACACGCAAGCUAUCGCAUCAAGCGCUGAAAUCGAAGAUGUUUACAAUUGGCUGUCUCAGACAGGCGGCGUUACAUUGGGACCUACCUUCCGAUCAAUUGCAGAUGCUGCUUUCUGCGACGAUACUCGUUUGUUGAUCAAGGGUGUCGUACAAGAUACCCAGAGCAUCAUGCCAUACGAGAAAGAAUCUCAAUGCUUCAUGCAUCCAACUGCACUUGAUGCUCUUCUUCAGGCUGCCGUUCUGUCGUGUUCAGAAGCACUUGGAAACAAUAAUGCCAAUAUCCCCAUUGGUGUCGCGAGACUGUAUCUUCCAACCGACUUGACUCUGAAGCAAGGGGAUACAUUUGCCAUUCAUACAGAGACCCACUCGCAAGAUGGUGUAUCUCGAUCGACUUCGAUAGCAUCGGAUCCAUCUUGGUUGCAGCCGCAUGUUGUUCUUCAAGGUAUUCAGCUUGGCCGUGUACCUAUGAGCAAAAAGACUACCGACCAGACUGGCUUGGGUUCCGGUAUCAGCCGAUUUUCUUCCCUUUCCUGGGUAGAACAUCUUGAAAAUCCAGUUUGGCGUACUCUAGCGGCCGAGUCCCAUCAUGAUGCGUUAGAACAGUGGAUACGGCGCUUCUGCAACAUAUAUGGCGAUGCUCGAGUUCUUGUCAUUAUAGCAGCUGAGCCUGACAGCUCACUGCUAUCGCGUUUGCAGUCAUUUGCGCCUCAUGUUCAACAGCGACCGCGCCUACAGGAGCUGACUUUUGCUCAUGUUGGUCCUGACGAUAUAAGCGAAAGCGAUAGCGCGAACAUCCAACAGCUGUUCCCUGGUUCUAUAAUGCACCAUGUCACUUCAAUCAAUGAGCUUACCCCAGAAAUUCUCGGUGAGAACCUCUAUGACGCAGUGCUGGUGAACCAAGCAAAUGCGAAGACUGCAUUAGAUACCAGCGCUCUUCUUGAAUCUCUUGAAUCUGUCACCGAACCAGAUGGAUGGUUGGCUAUUCGAGCACAUGCUGGCGAAAUGGAUCCAGUAGACUGUAUCCAGCGCUCACAGCAGUGGAACGCAAGAGAUACCAUUCACGUUGGGGAUUACGCUCUUGCCCAACGAACAGCCACAGCCGCCAAGGUUGAUUCCACUGUGUAUCUACUUACGACAAGCCUCGAUGUGGUGAAAACCCCUUUGCAAGCCAUUCUUGAGCAGGAGUUAUCUGCGUUGGGCGUGACAGCAUCUCCCAUCAGCCUGGAGGACAUGAGCGAUCUUUCCGGCAAGACAGUCAUUUCUUUGAUCGAGUUCAACAAUUCUUGGGUGACUGAAUGGUCUGCCGAAAGCUUGUCGCAAUUCCGCUCACUGUUGCAGGCGAAAUGUGUUCUGUGGGUCUCUCCAAUUCCUAAAGAGGUUGAGAAUGCACACUCAGCGGGUGGGUUUGGUGCUACUACAGGUAUUCUUCGCACUUUGCGGAAUGAGAAACCUGGUAUUAGACUACCACAACUGCAAUUCAACCCUGCUGAUGCGAACGGUGAAAGUGGUCUGGCACAGAGCAUCUUGCAGGUGUUACAGCUCACACUUUCCGGUGUCUCUCGUCGCAAUGUGGAACUUGAGUACCGUUUAGUGAAUGGUUGCCUGCUAGUUCCCCGGGUAAAGGCUACGGAGUUGGUAGACGAGGGAAUGCACACCAUGGUUCAUGGCCCACGACCCGCACUUUCAUCUCUUCCUGAGGACUCACGCGCGCUACUCUUCCAGGUCGAUUCUCAAGACUCCCGGAGUGGUCAUUGGGUGGAGCACUCUGGCUUCAGAGCUCCACUGCCAGAAGAUCAGGUCGAGGUUGAGUUGCAACUGCAGACUAUCAGGGCGCCUGGGACUUUAUCUAGUAGCAUGCCCGAGGCUCAAAUCUCAGCAUUCGAAGCCGUCGGCAUUGUUCGUGAGCUCGGCUCAGAAAUUGAUGGUCACCUUGCGAUUGGAGACACUGUCGUGUUGCUAGCACCCAGCCCGGGAACAAUGGCGGGCAUGUCGACUCGGGUGAGGUUACCACCUUCGUCCAUGGUUAGGUUGCCAGUCAACCUAUCUCCGACGCAGGCGGUAACCAUGCCCAUUGCAUACACGCUCGCAUAUGCCAGCUUGUUUGAUGCUGCACGCCUCGGCCCUAACUCAUCAGUGCUUAUUGUCGGGCCGGUCAGCCAAACCCUACAGGCUCUUAUCAAUUGCGCCCUGGAUGUCUCAGGCAUUCAACUGUUUGUUGCAGUUGAAAAUGCUACUGCUGUCGAGAAGAUAGCUUCGCAGUUCUCUAUUUCCCCUGACUACAUCUUCACUCUCAAUGGAGGCCUAGAUGCGAGUGUUCUGUCAAAGACAAACCAGAAAGGUGUGACGGCUGUCAUCUCGUGCUUUGGAGGCUGGAUCGGUCGGGCUGCCGCACGCUGUUUGAGUCUGGGAGGUCAUUAUGUUGAUCUCAGCUCCAAGAUGGGCGCUACAACACUUCCAGCUUCAUUCUUCUCGCGAAGUUGUACCUUCACUGCACUGAAUCUCAAUAGCAUGUUGCAAAGUGAUCCUGAAAAGGUCUACUCAUACUUCCGUCGCGCUACCGCUAAGCGAAGACCGCAUCACCAUUUCGAUCCUGUCAGCGUCUCUCCCGUCGCCGACUGGGCUGGUGCAGAAGACCAUACCCGACAGACGGGUGCACGAUCGGUCGUUGAUCUUCAAGACACUACUCCAACUCUUGUUGUACCGCCACUCCCAGAAACUGUUGUUCUCUCUGCGCAGCACACAUUCGUCCUCGCAGGUGGCCUGGGAACACUUGGGUUGGCUCUGGCAAGAAGCCUUGUUGACAUCGGCGCGCGUCAUAUUGUAAUCUUGUCUCGCUCUGGAGUUGUCCGAGAUGCUCAUCUACCUCUCAUCAAAAGUCUGUCAGAUGAUGGGUGUCAAGUAGAUAUUCAUAGCUGCGACAUUUCCAGUCAAACAGAUCUUCAGGCAUUUGCUUCUCACGCCGAAUCCCAGAACUGGCAAAUCAAAGGUAUAUUGCAGUGUGCGACCACACUGAAGGACGGGAUGUUUGACACAAUGACUUUCGAUGACUGGACAUAUGGAACGAAAGCUAAGAUCUGCGGCACGCUGAACUUACAUCAGGUCUUUGCCAACGCAGAUCUGGACUUCUUCAUUACUCUAUCAUCAGUCGCGAGUGUCAUCGGCAAUAUGGGGCAAACGAACUACUCCGCCGGCAAUGCCUUCAUGGACGAGCUGAUGGUCUGGAGGCAAGCUCAAGGCCUGUCAGGAAACAGUAUUAACAUAGGCCUUGUUCCGGACGCAAACGGUGUAGGCGACGUGGCUGAGUCCCCCGAAGAACGCCACAGCCGCUACAGUCAUUUGGAAGGAACGAAAAUCUUCACGCACGAGAUUCAGACCUUGGUUCAAUUCAUCCUGCAGCGUCGCGCUCGGGUACCGGCACAGCUAAUCGCUGGAAUCACUGAUGAUUUGACCCAAGAUGGAGGAGCUGUGUGGCGCUACGACCGCAAGUUCGAUCAUCGAAUCUGUCUUGUUCAUGAGGAAACUGGUGCUACUUCUGCGCAGACCAGUACGCUUCUGAAGAAGUCAAGCUCCAUGGAGGAGGCUGUCCAAGUAGCUACUCAGGCUAUGCAGGAAUAUUUGGCGGCAGCGAUGGCCACAACUGCUGAUACAAUUGAUACAGAACUUCCCUUGUCAGCACUAGGUGUGGACUCUCUCAAGGCGACGGAAUUGCAAAACUGGGUUGUGCGCGAGAUGGGAGCAGAGCUAUCGUCUUUUGAGUUUUUGGGUAGUCAGCCGCUGAAGAUGUUGUCUGAGACUAUCGCAGGUCGAAGUACUUACGUUACUGUUGAUUAG